CAGAAGCAGUCUGCUUGCCUAGAUGGUUUUAUACACCUGUGGCCAUGGAAGUGAUUGGAACACCUGAAUUCAAUGAUUUGGAUGGGAAUGAAGUUUCUCUGUGUGGCAGUACUGAUUUUCUCUGGCUUUAUGGAGACCAAGUCAGAAAACGUUAAGGUAGUUGGCCCAGCUGCUCCUCUUGUUGCUGAAGCUGGUGAAGAUCUGGUUCUGCCCUGUUCUCUCCAACCCAACAUCAGUGCUGAGGAUAUGGUGGUGGAGUGGACCAGACCUGAUACUGACAGUCUAGUACAUCUCUAUGAAGAUCAUGCAGACAGAUAUUAUGACCAGAUUAAGUCUUAUAGAGGAAGAACAGCUCUAUUUAAAGAAGAACUGCAGAAAGGAAACACUUCACUGAAACUCUCAGUGGUCCAGACUUCUGAUGAGGGAGUUUACAAGUGUUUAGUAAAAUCAGCGUCCUGGUAUGAUGACAUCACUGUUAAUCUUGUUCAGGUUAAAGUACAUUUAAAAGUAGUUGGCCCAGCUGCUCCUCUUGUUGCUGAAGCUGGUGAAGAUCUGGUUCUGCCCUGUUCUCUCAAACCCAGCAUCAGUGCUGAGGACAUGAUGGUGGAGUGGAUCAGAACAGAUCUGAUUGAAACUGACAAUCUAGUGCAUCUCUAUGAAGAUCAUGGAGACAGAAAUGAUGAUCAGAUGGUGACUUACAGAGGGAGGACAGCUAUAUUUAAGGCAGAGCUGCAGAAAGGAAACACCUCACUGAAACUCUCAGCAGUGCAGCCUUCGGAUGAGGGAGUUUACAAAUGCUUAAUUCGGUACAGGUCCUCGUUUGAUGAUAUACCUCUUUAUGUUGAAGUUAAAGAACAAGGUUUUCACGCCUGGAAGAUUGCUGUCAUCUGCUUUUUUGUUUUUGCUGUUAUAUUAGGUGCCUUAACAGCUUACAUCUUGAAAGAUAAAUUUUCAAAAAAGGAACUCUCUCCUGCACAAUGCUCAGCUGUAGCCUACAUGCAUCUUAAAUCACAAUAUGUGCGUGAAGAGUUGGACCUGAAGAAAUACAACACAUCAGAGGAGGGUUACAGAAGACUCAUCCCAGCUAUGACAAACUGCAGAAAGGCUCAAUUUGCUGGAUGUAACCUCUCUGUACAGUCCAUUAAAACUUUGAGUGCAGCUCUACAAACAGAAAACUCUCUGAAAGAACUGGACCUCAGUAACAAUAACCUACAGGAUUCAGGUGUAGAGCUUCUCUCUGCUGGACUGAAGAGUUCACACUGUAAACUGGAGAUACUAAGGCUAGCUUUGUGUAAUUUUGGGGAAAAGUCUUGUAAAAAUCUGGGAUCAGUUUUACAAACAGAAACCUCCUCCCUAAAAGAGCUGGACAUCAGUAACAAUGAGCUUCAUGAUUCAGGAGUGGAGCUGCUGUCUGCUGGACUGAAGAGUUCACACUGCAAACUGGAGAUACUUAGAUUAUCAGGAUGCAUGGUCAGAGAGGAAGGCUGUUCUUCUCUGGUUUCAGCUCUGAAUUUAAACCCUUCAUACCUGAAAGAACUGGAUCUGAGCUAUAAUCUCCCAUUAGAGUCAGGAGUGAAGCUGCUCUCUGCGAGACUGGAGGAUCCACACUGCACACUCAACACACUCAGAGUGGAACAUGAGGGUGAGAUGAGAAUCAGACCAAAGAAAUAUUCCUGUGAGUUCACUCUGGAUCCAAACACAGCACACAGUUCUCUCUCUCUGUCUGAUGGGAACAGAAAGGUGGAGCGUGUGGGAUCUUCACAGAUGUAUCCUGAUCAUCCGGAGAGAUUUGAUUGCUGUGCGCAGGUUCUGUUUAGAGAGAGUCUGACUGGACGCUGUUACUGGGAGGCUGAAUGGAGCGGGACAGUUAAUAUAGCAGUAACAUAUAAAUCAAUCAGCAGGAAAGGAGGCAUUGAUGACUGUCGGUUUGGACUGAAUGAAAAGUCCUGGAUUCUGAGCUGUUCUGGUAAUAGAUACUCUGUCUGGCACAAUAGUAACAGCACUGAACUCUCUGCUCAUCCCUCCAGCUGUAAGAGAGUAGGAGUGUAUGUGGACUGUCUGGCCGGCACUCUGUCCUUCUACAAUGUCUCCUCUGAUACACACACACUGACACACCUACACACAUUCUCCACCACAUUCACUGAACUGCUCUACUCUGGAUUUUGGGUUUAUUAUGGCUCCUCAGUGUGUUUGAGAUAAAAUAACCUCCUGAGUGAACAUCACAAAACACACAGAACUCUCUCUCUCUCUCUUUCUCUCUCUCUCUCUCAUUAACUCUAAUUAUAAAACAGUUAGCUCUGGCCAUGCAAGCUGAUUCGUUGAGAAGCGUUCUAGCCGUGCUGUUAUUUCGCCAU